CGGAUGCGUCUUGCGUGCAUCAUCUCGACUCGUCUUGCCUCGAUUUUCCCUUUUUCUUUUCCGCGGACGGUUCAUACGAAAAGCAUUGACUUAUUAUUCCUCAAUUGAAAGAAUUGAUUCCCCUUCCGUUCCGUCCAUCCGCCAUCUCCUUCGACUCCUCUGAACGACGCGAUCAGACAUCUCUAGAACUCGGACGACAUGAGUGUGCGCGUGGUCGCGAGAAUACGGCCACUUUUGAAACAUGAAAUUAGCUCCGACACGAUCGUACAUACGGAUUCGACCUCAGGCGAAUCGUCCGGGAAAUCCGUGCCUAGGCCCAAUGUUGUGCGGAUACCAAAUCCGAGGAAUGGCGCCGAAUCAUUUGCCUUUCAAUUCAAUUCCGUCUAUGACCAAAGCUGCACGCAGCAGGAUAUAUUUGACAGCGAAGUUGCCCCUACGGUGAAACACCUGUUCUCCGGGUACGAUGUUACGCUAUUUGCAUAUGGGGUCACUGGAACCGGCAAAACCCACACGAUGCGAGGAGGGAAAUCGCUCGCGGAACGUGGAGUCAUCCCGCGUCUUCUCAGCUCGAUAUAUCGGCGUUGUAGAAAGAUCGAAAAGGAUAGCGAAGGGGCUACCGAACUCCACGUGGCCAUGAGCUACUACGAAAUCUACAAUGAUCGGGUUUACGAUUUGUUUCAGUCCCCUGACAAACGGACCGCUGCUGGUUUACCCAUCCGUGACAACGGCGGGAAGACGAUCGUCUGCGGAUUGACCGAGCGGCCCUGCACGACGCUGAAGGAGUUUGAAAAGCUCUACGAUGAAGCUAACAUCAAUCGAAGCACGUCCGCGACGAAAUUGAAUGCCCACUCGUCCCGAUCUCACGCCAUUCUUUGCGUGAAGCUGACGCAAACGACGGGGGAUCGUACACUGGUCAGCACAGCGUCCGCGAUCGAUCUUGCCGGGUCGGAAGACAAUCGCCGGACCGACAACAACAAGGAGCGCAUGGUGGAAUCUGGAAGCAUCAACAAGUCUCUCUUCGUGCUGGCACAAUGUGUGGAAGCCAUCAGCAAAAAGCAAUCUCGUAUCCCCUACCGGGAAUCGAAGAUGACGAGGAUCCUCUCCCUGGGGCAGAACGACGGGCUGACGGUCAUGUUCCUGAAUCUCGCUCCAGUCCGAAGCUAUCAUCUUGACACGCUGAGCUCGCUCAACUUUGCAAAUCGAACGAAGAAAAUCGAGGUGAACGAGAUCGAGAACGAACCGAUGUUCCGUACCACGAACACAAAAGCCACCCAUUCACUGCCUGGGCCCUCGAUCAAUCGCCAACCAUUGCGCCCGCUUGCCGUCACCCGGGAUUUCAACGCUCAGAUCCCAUCUCACCAUGCUCAACCGGAGCCCAAACCCGACAAACCCCCUCGAACAUUCUCCGUCUACACCGACAAAAAUAAGCCGUCGGCCCGGCCCCUUGCAGCAUCUUCGCAGCGCAAGAACUCUCCUUACAAGCGCCCUCUCAAUGACAGCUCAAGUAACCUAUCCACAAGACCGAUUAAGUCCAUUCGCUCCAACCUCCCGCGAUCGUCGAAACCCUCCGAGAUGCAGCUCUCCAAAGCUUCCAUCGAGCAGAUGGUCGGUCGCCUGGUCGAGGAGAAGCUCGCAGAACGAACGCUAGCAGAGAACAACAUGACGGCGGCUGCGGUUCCACUCCCGGACGAAAUUCAACGUCGACUGGACGUCUUGGAGGCCCGCGUGACGGAGCGUGAAGAUUCCGAAGGAUUGCAGUACCUCUUGAUGGCACGUCAACAUGCGGCCCGCGGCGAGGAUCCAAGCGCCCUGCGCAUGUACCAGUUGGCGUUGCCGUUCUUCCCCGGGAACCACAAACUGCUGCGGAAGAUAGAAGGCGUGAAGGGACGGCUGCGGGCAAAAAAUGAGGUUGGGAGACUUCCUGGGGCGAGGGUUGUCAGCGCUCCUUCACCAUCCAAAGGCUCAUACCAUAUGCCGGGUCAGAACCAGUCCUCCAAGCCGCACGAGGCGUCUCAUGAUCAAGACGACGAUUUCUACCCUGAUGCCGAAGGCGGAAAUGACGAUUCGUACGAUCUAGCGGACGAACUACCGUUGAAGAAGCCGCGACGUAAGCCCGUCACGGCAAACACCAAAUUAAAACUAUCGGUAUUCAACGAUGCGGACUCGACACAGCCCCCCACGCCUCGAACAGCGCGUUUGCUGGACGUCAUCAACUCCCGCGACGUCGGCCAAAUCCGAGCGCUGAAAGGAGUGGGCGCGAAGCGGGCCGAAUCCAUCGUCAAUGCGCUCUGUGAGAUGGAUGACGAAGAUCGGCUCGGUUCAAUUCAUGACCUGGGUGAACUGGGAGCGUUGAAGGGAGUGGGCGGGAAGAUGGUCGAGAAAAUGAGGGUGGGGAUGGAAUUGGAAGGUUUCUGAAUGCAUUUUAUGCGGGUGGUGUCCGUUGAGGACUUGGUGCAUAGACCUGUCACAUGGUGGAUGACUUUUGCAUAGCAAGGCGUUUUGGAUAUUGGGUUCGUGGGAGCGUACGUGGGACAAUGGGAGAGUGCGUUAGACCAUGGGAUGGUAGCAUUGUGCAUCCGAGUCAGAAUCGAGUUGUAUAUUCUUCCAGUCUGUCUGAGUGAAUCCUCAUUCGGCAACCGCCGCUUCCAGCUCAAUCGAUGUCGGCCCACGCUUCACCGGACCUGAGCAGAAGAGGUUCCAGACUUCCAGUGGUUG